AUGAUUCUGAUCUGUCAAUCAAUUAUAAUGAUUAUUAUUAAGUAUUUUGACGGAAGCUUAGAUAAAUAUCAUAAUUUUUAUGGAAUUGGUGGAUGGUUGUUAAUGUUAUCAAAAAUUGGAUUGACAUUUCUUAAUUCUAUUGGAAUUUAUAAUCUAUCUAAGUAAGUUAAAAAAAAAUAAUCUAUUGUAUUAAUUGCUAUAGUUUGA